AUGAUUCUGAGAUCACUCUGUCAAAUACGAUCGUACUACUCAAAAAGUAGUAUUUCGAAAUUGAGAAACAUAGGUAUUAUCGCACAUAUUGAUGCCGGAAAAACGACCACGACUGAAAGGAUGCUCUUCUACUCAGGAAAAACCAAAAGAAUAGGUAACGUCGAUCAGGGAGAUACCAUAACGGAUUUUCUAUCUCAAGAAAGAGAAAGAGGCAUAACUAUUCAAAGUGCUGUUAUUUCGUUCAAUUGGCAAAAAGAUUUUAAAAUCAAUUUAAUUGAUACCCCGGGCCAUGCGGAUUUCACUUUUGAAGUUAUAAGGUCACUGAAAGUUUUGGAUGGCUGUGUCACAAUCCUUGAUGCAGUAGCAGGAGUAGAAGCUCAGACAGAAAAGGUUUGGAAGCAAUCUGUAGGAAUACCUAAAAUCUGCUUCAUAAAUAAGAUGGACCGUACGGGCGCAGGGUACAGUAGGACGGUUAAGGAAUUGAUAGUCAAAAUGAAUACAAGAGUUCUUCUCAUUAACAUACCCAUAUUUUCAUAUGAUAAGGAAACUCGUGAACCAAUUUUUGAAGGUGUGCUUGAUGUAGUGAAUAAGAAAGUGUUGAAGUGGAGUCGUGAGGACCCCAACAAGAUUGAUGUUACAGAUGUGCCUGAAAGUUCUCCGUUCUUUGAGCAGCUUAGCAGAGGAAGAGAAUCAUUGGUAGAAACAUUAGGAGAGACCGAUGAGCAGCUUAUAGAGUACUUCCUUGAAGAAGCAGAGGGAGACUACAUGAAUAUAUCUGCAAAGUUACUGAACGAAUCUAUUCGCAAAGCUACUAUCGAGAAUUAUGCUACACCUGUUUUAUGUGGUGCAUCAUUCAGGAACAUUGGUGUACAGCCCCUACUCGAUGCUGUAGUUAAUUACUUGCCUUCUCCGAUAGAGGCAAGAUUUCCAAAUACCAACGAAACUGCUCUUGUGACAUAUGACAAAGAUGCAGGUGCUAUCAUCAAUAAAAACCGCAACCUUUGUGUUGCGUUAGCAUUCAAAGUUAUCACUGAUCCUAUUCGGGGACUUAUGACGUUCAUUCGAGUAUACUCAGGUACUCUGAAUAGCGGUAACACAGUUCUCAAUUCAACCACGGGCCAUAAAUUCAAAAUCGGAAAACUUGUCGUAAUGCACGCAAAUGUAGCCGAAGAGGUUAAAUCCUUAAAAGCCGGCGAAAUUGGUGUAUUGACGGGCUCAACAGUUUUAGAUAACGUCAAAACUGGGGAUACUAUCAUCACGCAUAACAUAAAGAAAGACGGUUUGAGAUCAUUUCAUAAACAAAAAGAACUCAAGCUACAAAUAAACCCCAUUAAUAUACCCCCCCCUGUAGUUAGUGCGUCUAUUGAGCCUAAAACUCUGGGAAACAAAAAAUCAAUGGAAACAGUGUUGCAAACAUUAGUUAGAGAAGAUCCAAGUCUUCAAGUUAGUGUAGAUGAUGAGACUGGUCAGACUCUUCUUAGUGGGAUGGGUCAAUUGCACUUGGAGAUUGCUCGUGAUAGAUUAUUGAAUGAUCUAAAUGCAGAAGUUGAUGUAGGAAAAGUCGUGGUAUCUUAUAAAGAAACUAUUGGCAAGAAUUCUGAUCUACAUAAACGAGAGACCGAGCUUGGCUAUAAACUUGAGCUCAAAAUAGAUCCGCUAUAUGAGAUGCCAAAAGAAGUCAAGGACGACGAGGUUUGGCACUAUUUAUCGACCGACAAUAACUACCUUAUUAUGGAGAACCAUGAAACAUUACAAGACUCGAAAGAAUGGCCGUUUCAGAUUUCUCGUGAUAUGGUCGUUAAUGCACUAAUCUCAAGUAGCAUGGUAGCACUACAAAAGGGAAGAAAAUUCUCGAGCCUUCCUUUACAUUCGUGCGCUAUUCGCAUCAAAGGUAAUUGGUGGUUACCCCUUGAAGCCACUUCCCCCUCUGAAUUUUUGGCAUUAUCGAGAUCUUUGAUUUUAGAGGCAUUUAAUGACUUUCGGGAGGAAGACUUUUUCGUGCUCGAGCCUAUCAUGAAUAUGAGUAUUUCAGUACCCCAGCAAGAUAUGGGUAAUGUCCUGCAAGAUUUAACAGGUGGACGUAAGGCCAAUGUCCUUUCCAUCGAAGAUGAACACACCCUCUCCAGCGGUGACAGUCCUAAUAUUGUAUUUCAAAAGAUUGCCGAACAGCAGUAUUUGCCUCCUGACCCAACUUUGAAGAAUGCUAAUUUGAGCGAUAAUACUCAUUCUGUUAAGGUGAUCAAGGCAAGAGUUCCGCUCAAGGAAGUCGUUUCAUAUAUGAGUAAAUUGAGAAGCCUUACCCAGGGCAGAGGAAAUUACCACAUGGAGUACCAUGGUAUGGAAAGAGUGACUGCAGAUCGUCUGGCUGCUAUUCUUGAAGAAAUUUAG